UUUGGUGUCUGUGAGCUAGUAUUUUUCUUUUAUUAAGUCAUAUUAUUUUAUUCGUGAGUGUAAAAUGGCAGAUACUGCAGUAGAUAAAACCACCCCCGUUAUAGCUAAGGAUCUUAAAGAGAAGAAAGAGGUUGUAGAGGAAACCGAGAAGGCAGAAAAUGGAACUGGAGAUGCACCUGCAAAUGGGACAGAAGAAAAUGGUACUGAACACUCUGAGGAAGCUCCAGAAAGUGGCAAUGAGACUGCGGAUGGAGAUGGUGGUGAAGAGGAAGAGGAAGAAUCCAGUGAGCAGUCAGGAAAAAGACCUGCAGAGGACGAGGAGGAAGGUGAAACAAAAAAGCAGAAGACAGAAAAUGGAGACUCCUCAAAAGAUGAAGCACAAGCCUAAAGCUUUUCCUCUUGACAUUUUUAUAGUUUCUACACAUUGGUCAACUUCAUUGUAGAGGGUGUGCUUUUAUUUG